GUCCGGGGGCAGCGAGGGGCCGGGGCAGUUCCGCGGGGCUGGCUGUCGCGGCCCGGCUCUGCAGCUCCGUGAGGGACCUGCCCGUGCUGCCCUGCGGCGGUCGGCGCGCUCGGGACCUGGUGCUCGGCUGCGGCCAUGGCCGCCCCGUGGGAGGACGUUCUGUGCGACACGGCGGCCAUCCGGGAGGCAGCGCUGGUGGCCGUGGACGCGGCGCUGCUGGCGGGGGUGCUGAUGCGGACCGAGGGGCUGCCCAACGCCUCGGAUGUGGUGAAUUACGCCCCCUUCACGCUGCUCCCGUCUGCAGUACCAAGUGCCCUGUUUGAACAAGCGUACGCUGUUCAGCAAGACUUCAACCUGCUGGUGGAUGCUAUUAGCCAAAACAAAGAAUUCCUGGAGCAUACUCUGGCCAGCACCAUCAAGGUAGAUGACUUCACAGCUCAACUCUUCAGAAUCUACGUGCAAGUUUUGGAGGAGGGCUUGGCUCAGUCUGUGUUUCUAGGCAUAAACCGCUCUGAUUAUAUGUUUGACCGUGGGGUGGAUGGGACACCGGCUCUGAAGCAGAUAGAAAUAAACACCAUUGCUGCCAGCUUUGCCGGCCUCACCUCCCGCACUGUGGCGGUCCAUGGGCAGGUGUUGAACGUGCUGGGCAAGCCUGAGGAGGCAUCACGCCUGCCCCCCAACAACCCAUCAAAAGGGCUUGCCAUGGGUAUUGCGAAAGCCUGGGAGCUCUACGGGUCACCAAGUGCUGUGGUGAUGUUUAUAGUGGAGGAAGCCCAAAGGAACAUUUUUGAUCAGCGAUGUGUAGAAAAUGAGCUUUGGAACAGGAAUAUUCGGGUCAUCAGGAAGCAAUUCAGAGAUGUGUUUGAAAAGGGGUCUCUGGAUGAUGCCAGGAGGCUGUAUAUGGACGGCCAGGAGGUCGCAGUGGUGUACUACAGAGAGGGCUACGUGCCGCAGAACUAUGACCAGCAGAACUGGGAGGCACGGUUGUUGCUGGAGAGAUCGAGGGCAGUGAAGUGCCCUGACAUUGCUACCCAGCUCGCAGGCACCAAGAAGGUGCAGCAGGAGCUGAGCCGGCCGGGGACGCUGGAGAAAUUGCUGCCCGGCCGCGCCGAGGCUGUCGCACGGAUAAGAGCAACGUUUGCUGGACUCUACUCCCUGGACAUGGGUGAAGAGGGUGACAAGAUGGCUGCUGCAGCUAUCGCUGACCCUGACCGGUUUGUGCUGAAGCCGCAGCGAGAAGGUGGAGGGAACAACCUCUAUGGUGAAGAGCUCAGGCAGGUUCUGGAGAAGAUCAGAGACAGCCCUGAGAGAACUUCCUACAUCUUGAUGGAUAAGAUCAAACCACAGCCAGUGAUGAAUUACUUGCUGAGGGCUCACAGUCCCCUGCAAGUGUCCGAGUGCAUCUCAGAGCUCGGUAUUUUUGGUGUCUACGUCAGACAGGGCAAGGAGAUGGUGAUGAACAAGGCCGCCGGCCACCUCCUGCGGACGAAGGCGAUCGAGCACGCGGACGGUGGGGUAGCGGUGGGGGUGGCAGUGCUGGACACCCCGUACCUGGUGUGAGGAGGCGAUGCCCCAUCCCACCCGCCUUGCUCUGCUGCCUGAAGAGCUGAUCUGUCGCAGGGACGUUCUCCUUAGGGUGCACUUACAAGGUCUGACGUGCUGGGGACUGUGAGGAUGGACUGUGUGGAUGCGACUGCUUAAAUGUCGUGCCUGCCAGCCCCAGCUUCUCCUCUGCAAUUCCCCCUGCAGGAAGAAAGGACCCUCUUGCUCUGUCUGCUCUGUGCCCUCUGCAUGUCCCAGGACUGCAUUGGUCUGGGUGCUCCCCUGGGGUCCAGCCUGUGGACCAACAGAUCCCAUGGGCUGGCACCAGAAUCCCUCAAUGCUGGUGGCAGACCCCAGCCUGAUGCUGAAUUGCAGCCCUGUGUCAUAGCCAGGGCAUCGACCAACCCUGAAUGCUCAAGAGCUUGUGCCAGGGGUGUCCCGUUGCAGGUCACACACAAGGAGUGUGUCCCACCUGCUCAGCUGCAGCACAUACAGCCCAGGAGCAGUGUCAGGGAGCCCCAGCUUUGGUAAUGGUCCUGCUGGGACAUGGGACUGGGAGCUUCGCAGCAGGGAAGCAAUGGAAUUGCGGGAGAGCCUGGAUGGACGCAGCCCCAGCUGCUUCAUACUGGGACCAGCACCAGUGAGAUGUGUCACCCUCUUGGUUUCAGGACUCGGGAACAGCGCAGCAGUGCAGGACAGGAGUGCAGCUCGUCCAUCCCACGGGCUGUUGCCUCUUCUUCCAGCCCCUCUUCCUCCUCUGCCAAGCAGUCCAAGAGGAAACGUAAAAGAUGCACCUCGGCAAAGCACCUGGGCAGCCUCAGCUCUACCCUCUCAGUGACACCAGCAAGGAGCAGCGUUAGGUCCAGUAUUUCUCAAGCGCGAAGGGGCUGAGUGACAGAUCUGCACCUUGCUGGGCGCAUUGCUGCUGUUGCUGUGUGGCAGUGCCGCAAUCUUCAAUCUUUCACCUUGGAAAGAGUUCAGUUCUGUAAGUCUGGCUGAUUCUGUGAUUCCUGGGGCCUUGUUUUGCUGGCAGGGGGUGUUGAUUACCCCCAGCCAGACAUUAAAAUGUAUGUGCAAUCUGAA